GCAACAAGGAACACCCCAAUACAAGACGCUUAGCAACAAGAACACCCCAACAAGACGCCAAGCAACAAGGAACACCCCAACCAGACGCCAAGCAACAAGAACCCAACAGACGCAAGAAAAGACACACAGACGCCAAGCAACAGAACACCCCUCAAGAAGACGCCAGGCAACAAGAACACCCCAACAAGACGCCAGGCAACAAGAACACUCAACAAGACGCCAAGCAACAAGAACACCCCAACAAGACGCCAGGCAACAAGAACACCCAACAAGACGCCAGGCAACAAAGGAACAUAACAAGACGCCAGGCAACAAGGAACACCCCAACAAGACGCCAGGCAACAAAGAACACCCAACAAGACGCAGGCAACAAAAGAACUAACAGACGCCAGGCAACAAGGAACACCCCAACAAGACGCAAGCAACAAGAACACCAACGCGCAAGCAACAAAGACACCCCAACAAGACGCCAAGCAACAAGGAACACAACAAGACGCCAGGCAACAAGAGACCUAACAAGACGCCAGGCAACAAGGAACACCCCAACAAGACACGCCAAGCAACAAGAGAACACUCCCAACAAGACGCUAAGCAACAAGGAACACCCAACAAGACGCCAAGCAACAAGGAACACCCCAACAAGACGCCAAGCAACAAGAACACCCCAACAAGACGCCAAGCAACAAGGAACACUAACAAGACGCCAAGCAACAAGGACACCAACAAGACUAAGCAACAAGGAACACCCCAACAAGACGCAAGCAACAAGGAACACCCCAACAAGACGUCAAGCAACAAGAACACUAACAGGACGCCGGCAACAAGAACACCCCAACAAGACGUCAAGCAACAAGGAACACCCCAACAAGACGCAAAGCACAAGAGGCACAAGACACCCAAGCAACAAAGACACCCCAACAAGACGCCAAGCAACAAGGACACCCUCAAGAAGACGCCAGGCAACAAAGAACACCCCCAACAAGACUGAGCAACAAGGAACACCCCAACAAGACCCAGGCAACAAGACACCCAACAAGACGCCAGGCAACAAGAACACCCAACAAGACGCCAGGCAACAAGGACACAACAAGACGCCAGGCAACAAGGAACACCCCAACAAGACGCCAGGCAACAAGGACACCCCAACAAGACGCCAGGCAACAAGAACACCCCAACAAGACGCCAGGCAACAAGGAACACCCCAACAAGACGCCAAGCAACAAGGAACACCCCAACAAGACGCCAAGCAACAAGAACACCCAACAAGACGCCAAGCAACAAGGAACACCCCAACAAGACGCCAGGCAACAAAGGAACACCCAACAAGACGCCAGGCAACAAGAACACACCCCAACAAGACGUCAAGCAACAAGGAACACCCCAACAAGACGCCAAGCAACAAAGGAACACCCCAACAAGACGCCAAGCAACAAAAACCCACAACAAGACGCCAAGCAACAAAGACACCCAACAAGACGCCAAGCAACAAGAACACCCCAACAGACGCCAAGCAACAAAGGAACACACUAACCACAAGACGCCAAGCAACAAGAACACACCCCAAAGACGCCAAGCAACAAGAACACCCCAACAAGACGCCAAGCAACAAGAACACCCCAACAAGAACCAAGGCAACAAGGACACCCCAACAAGACGCCAAGCAACAAGACACCAACAGACGCCAAGCAACAAGAACACACCCCAACAAGACGCCAAGCAACAAGAACACCCCAACAAGACGCCAAGCAACAAAGAACACCCAACAAGACGAGCAACAAGAACACCAACAAGACACAAACAGCAAACCACGACAACAUGCAAUUGUCCCCCGUCUCUGUAGUCAUUUAACAAUUACGUAG